UUUAGAUUCGACCGAAUGGAUGGGGAAUAUCUUUCAUCUCCACAGUUCCAUCCUCCUAGUUGUGUUUUUGAGGGGCCGGAAAGCAAGUUUCUCACUUUUAUUUUGAAGGUUGUUAGCGGACGUCUGAGGCGUUUCCACGCCACUGGAGCUGUCAUGUCGUCGCUGCGGUUCUCGGAAAAAGAGUUCGAAGCCGCCUGGAAGGAGCUGGACGAGCCGCAGCUGGACGGAGGAUGGCAGCUCUUCACCGAGACCAUGGGGGUCAAAAUUUACAGACUGCUCCAGCAGGAAACGGGCCUUUAUGAGUACAAAGUGUUUGGUUCCUUGGACAGCUGUGAGGCAGCGCUGUGCGCCGACGUUUACAUGGACCUGGCCUACCGCAAACACUGGGACUCCUACGUCAAAGAGCUGGUUGAGAAGGAGAUUGACGGGGGGUCAGCCAUCUACUGGGAAGUCAAGUACCCCUUUCCUCUGUCCAACAGAGACUAUCUAUACAUCAGGGAGUGUUGCGUCCUGGACGUGGACGGCAGGAAGAUCUGGGUCAUCCUGGCCAGAAGCUCACCCGAGACGCCUUAUCCCGAGAAGAACGGCGUGCUGAGAGUCAAAGACUACAAGCAGACAGUUGUCAUGGAGGCCGACGGCGACAGUGGAACCAAGGUUUUCAUGAAUUACUUCGACAAUCCUGGCGGGAUGAUUCCCACCUGGCUGGUCAACUGGGCGGCCAAGAGCGGCGUUCCCGGCUUCCUCACGGACAUGCGGAAGGCCUGCGCCAACUAUCCGCUCUACUGCCAGAAGAAAUGAAGACCAUCAACAGCACUUUAUUCAUCAAAUGGGGAGGGAGGCGAGGGGGCGGGGGGUACGGGUCUACCGUGUGCAU